AUGGAGGAGUCGAACAAAAUUGGUGGUGCAUUUGCAAUGGAACAAUGGCGGAAACGUGCGAUGCGAGAGCGAACUAAUGCUCAUGAACAGAUGGCAUCAAUUAGACGACGUACGAAAACGCACGGAGGCUGUUGGCUAUUUCGAAGUGAUGUUUUUUGUGAAGCAUUUGGUACUGUCAUCCGGAAAUGUCCAACGAAAAUGCGCAUGCCAUGCUGCAGUUUAGUUUUAUCACGAUUGGUAUCCAGUUUUGUUGGUCGAUUGAUAUUGUUGUUGGCGUUGACAUGUGGAAGAGCUGUUGGCAUGUUGUCCGUAAUGUCGCGAUGUAAUGUCAUCACCGCCAGUUGGGUUUACGAUGAAAAUGACGAGAUCUGGAGUAGCGUUUCAUUCGAGUAUUCACGAAUGGUGGUGUAG